UGGGUGUUCACAAGUUGUCGGGCCACCGUGGCGCACAGGGCGAUCCGCGUUUCGCGCAAACACACACACGUCGCGCUGCGUUCCGUUCCGUUUCGGAUCAGAAAGACGGCACACGCGCACCGCUUCGCGUCGUCGUGAGUCAUUGUUGUGUUGACAGUCAGUCGGGGCAGACGGGCAGGCAGGAAAGCGAGCAGGCGAGAGAGCCAGGCGGACGAGCAGGUUGCCGCGCUCUUCCACCGAGGAGAGACCGGUUAGCCGUUCUUUGCAUCGGCGUAGUAACGCCGGACGUGCGUCAAACCGUCGUCGCUGUCUUCUGCGCCGAUUUCGGCCGACUUAUUUGCCUCGUAUCGGUGCCGCGUCGCGCCGGUGGUUGGUGCGCGAUACGCCGAGUGACGUGACAGUCCCGCGAGACGGAGGGACGGAGACGGAGGUGCUGCGUGGAGUAAAAAGAGACGGGCGAUCGUACCGCGAGUGAAUUUUUUGCGUACAGUCGCGCGCGGCUGUUAUGUAAUCGCCGCAACGCGAAGCUAAGUGUUUGCGCGUUGACGUAGGCGAAGAAGGAGACAGAGAGAGAGAGAGAGAGAAAGAGAGAGAAAGACAAACGAAGAAAGACUGAGAGAGACAGAGAGAAAGAAAGAAGAACACGCCGCAGAACUCGUCGACGUGUUAAAACUCCAGGAAAGAGUCCGUCGUUCUCUUUAAUUCUUCGGGCCGGAUAAGCGAACCGCGCGGCCAGUUCGACGGGGGGGAACGCGAACACCGCUUUCUCGUUCCGGAGGAGAGAAAUUCAGAAGGAGUCGAGGGGGCGUUCUCCCUCGGUAUUCCCUAAUCGAGGCGAGUCAAUCAGUCCGGCGGCAUCGAUGGUGCGCAGCCUGACGAUGGAGCAGACGUUCUACGAGGACGCGGGCGUCUACACUGCGAUGAACGGUCGCGACAACACCGUGGUCCAGCUCAAGCGGAAUCUCACGCUCGACCUGAACGGUUGCCAGAGGCAGGGCCCGCAGGCGAAGAGGCCGCGGCUCGGCCCGCUGCCGCCGGCCCUGAACAACGUCACGCCGAUCCUCAGCUCGCCGGAGCUCAACAUGCUGAAGCUCAACUCGCCGGAGCUCGAGAAGCUCAUCAUGACGCAGUCCGACGGCCUGGUCACCAGUCUGCCUACCCCGACCACCCAGAUUCUGUUCCCGAAGGCGGUGACCGAGGCCCAGGAGCUGUACGCGCGCGGCUUCGUCGACGCGCUCAACGAGCUCCAUCACUCCGACAGCUCGCAGGAACCCGGCAGCAUGCACGGUGCCACGUACACGACUCUGGAGCCGCCCGGCAGCGUGCAGAGCACGGAGUCCACCAUGAGCAACCCCGGUCUGCUGCACGUCAAGGACGAGCCGCAGACGGUACCGAGCGUCUCGAGCACGCCGCCGAUGUCGCCGAUCGACAUGGAGAACCAGGAGAAGAUCAAGCUGGAGAGGAAACGGCAGAGGAACCGCGUGGCCGCGUCCAAGUGCCGACGGCGCAAGCUCGAGCGCAUCUCCAGGCUCGAGGACAAGGUCAAGAUGCUCAAGGGCGAGAACACCGAGCUGAGCGGCAUCGUGCACAAGCUCAAGGAGCACGUGUGCCGGCUUAAGGAGCAGGUCAUGGACCACGUGCACGCCGGCUGUCAGAUCAUGGCCGUCAACAACCAGUUUUGAAGCUUCUCAAUCGCCUGCCCUCCCACCCUCCCUAGUUGAGGAUGACGAGUGCUAAUCCCCCACGCCCCCGCCCCCGCUCUCGGCCAGCCACCCCCUUUCGCCCUCGCGGGAGGGGUGCAGUUCCCCGUCAGUUCAUCAUCACCGGGAGCGUUCCGUUCGAUCACGUUGCAAUAGAGAUGACCGCAGCCACUCGCAGUGCAAUUUUUCUCUUGGAGCAGCCAGUUAAAAAAAAUUUUAUAUUAAUUUGCUAACGGGCAAUUGGGUGUCAUCCGUCAUCGCCGUGCUCACCAUCUUCUUGCCCCUUCGCGGGGAAAGCCCCCGCGAGGGAAACCAACUUUCUCGCUACGACCGGCGUGUCGUUUGGAUCGCCUCUACUACGCGAUCCAGAGGAAAGAUCUCUCUGCUGGCUGAACAAACACCUAUGGUGGCCUAUCGUCGUUCGGGAACGUUCCUUCUUAUCUCGAACAUCAGCAAACUCCGGAGAGUGGACAUUCUUCGUUUUUCUACGACCGAUGACAAGGAGAGAAGAAGAGAAGCAAAGUUCUUCUGCACCUUCCGAAAUCGUCAAGGAUAGUGGAGGGGGGCGCGGUAUCUUCGAGAAGCGAAGGAUGAUCCUGAAGAAGAAUCUUCGCAGAGGUGAGAGGGAGAGAAGGAGUCCAUCGUCCACAGCGCGUUCGCUGUUUUCUCUCUCGGUUCUUUUGUGCCACGAUCGGGGAGGAGACGAUCAACAGCGGGAACAGUAAGCAGCAGGCGGAGUAGAAGGAGGAGGAGGAGGCGGAGGAGGAGGUGACGGUCGAGAUGGAGAAGGAGGAAGGAGUGCCUUCGUACAGCGUGAAACGUAAAGGAUGCUUUUGGGAGAGUGGCGGGCGUGCGCGCGUGCGUGUUGCGCGCAUGCGAGAGACUUUACACGCACGAGCACGCUCGGCGACGAGCGAGUGCGAGUGUUAGGUAUGCAUGAGAAAGAGAGAGAGAGAGAGAGAGAAAGAAUGUGUGUGACAAGGAGAAAGAGUAUAUGUAUAUGCAUGCGUGAAAAGAAGAGAGAGAGAGAGAGAAAGAGGGAGUUCGCGCGAAGUAGCGUGAGGGGGGGAGUACCGCGGCGGCCAUUUUGGAGACCGCGAGAGAGCCGGCGGGAGAUUCGAAGCUACCGGAAGCUGAGGCUUUUCUCGUUCCUCCACCCUUUUUCCCUUUGCUAUCGGAUAAGCGACCGUCGCGCGUCGCGUCGUCGUGCAACGGCCGUCGUUCGCCUCAUCUGCUUUUCGCUGGAGUCCGUAUACGAGGGAACGAUCGAUUUCUCGAACGUUCGAUCGUCGCAAAUUCUUUCCGCGUCGAUGAUCUUGCCGUUGUAGAAUGAUCGUAGAAAGGGCUCCUUCUUUCUUUCUCGGCGGUGAACGGUUGCGCCGAUUUUCUUCUUUACCGCGAACUCGCGUGAUCGGUUUCGCUUGUACACUUCGAUACUUUUUGAUAUAUUCGUUCGCUUUGCGCAAGUGAAGGUGCAAAUUUAUGCAGUGAAAAAAUCGCCGCUAUUGAAGAUCACGCGGAUCAUUCUCUGUUCGUUAACGAGUAAUCGCUGUUUUUUAGUUUUUGCUGAAAUUUUUUAGUUCUUAGCGAAUAUUUGCUGGCAAGGUACAAAUUGCCUUUUUGUGAUAAAACAUCCAUUUUAUUACGAAAUGCAAACAUCAGAGAUAAUUAAAGAAGAAAAAUUCUACAUAUUCAAGUACAUUGUAUAUGUUCACAUAAAAUUACAACUUGUAUUGUGCAAAUUGAUAAAACGCAAACACGAUCAAUUGAAACAAAAUAUCGAGAAGAAGUUUUUAUGUGAUUUUUAAUAUAUUUUUAUAAAAAGUAUUUCAGUAUUGACACGCAACCAUACGGAUGCGACACCCGCAAACUAUUUGCGGCAAAUUAUUCGUUACUCGCUAAAAAUUAUUUGCAGCAAAAAAUUCGCUGCAUGAAAAGGCACCUUGAUGUAAAAAUUAAGCUUUGAAAAUUACUUGUGACACACAGACACAGAUGAUUGCGCGAGGUGAUUUUUUGCGCUCCGCGAUUCUCGAAUGAUAAAGUCGAACGCCUCUCAUCAUGGUGGAGAGGAUUACGUUACGUUCGAGUAUCGACGAUCCCUCGCGUUCGGCUCCUCUUCCGACGCGAACGUGGGAGACGCGAUUGUGUAUUGUUUAUAGUCUUUUGCGGAUCAAUCAAAACGGGAGAUUAUCAUCUUCUCGGCUCGAAGGAACCACACCGACCGAUUAACAUGUGAUAAGCGCAAUCAAACCCGGGAGAUCACGGUUUGCCUUUUACCGAAUGCACUUUUCGCGAGAGGGACUCUCGAGCAUUCCGCUAGUUUUGGAAACUUCUACACACUUUGGUGCAUAUUACGAGAUAUUGACAAAUUAAUUCUAAGGAAUAAUGCAUUACGGUGCUGUACUAUAGCCGCGUAGAAAUGUGCAUUAAGGCAGUCUGUUGUAAUAACGCGUAUUCUAACGUACCAGACGAUAGAAUCGAUCGACGAUUACCGAAGCGUCGAAACGAGCUUGAUUUUUUGUUUAAGUAGCAUAUGUCUCGCGUAAUUUUUUCCUUUUCAAAUUGAAACUGUAACUAGUUUCAAAUUUUUUGCAAUUCACUUGUCUAUAUCGUGAAAAGAAUCGAAUCCUCGAACGAGAAAAUUCAAGUAUUUUUCUAAUUGUGAUUGGUGAAAGAAAAUUAUAUAUGUAAAUAUAUAAAGAGAGGCGCGGUUUCUUUGCGCCAAGUAUAUAUGUAAAAUUUCUUAAUUGUUAAACUUGUAAAAAUAUGUACAGAUUGUUUCUGUAUCUUCCAUAUACGUACUUUGAACCGAUCGGUUGAAGGAUCCUUUGAAUAAAAAGAUGUAAUAUUUUUACUGUAUUGAGAGCAACUAAACGGCAGAGGAUAGACGCGUUACAAUCGCAUGCCUCGCGAUCAACAUUGUUCGAUAUUUCUCUUCUAAGAUCGUCAAUACUUUAUCUCCGACGUGCCUCGACGUCGUUUCGCCUGCAACGCGUUGAUCGACCGAAGUAGCCUCGUUUUUAACCCCCCCUGCUUUUGGAGAAGAACUCUCUAGUGCUGUUAAGGCUGUACAAAUAGUAGAGUAGUGUUCGGAAGCAGUCGUGCGUGUUGAGUCUGUCGAAGAGUCGUCAUCCUGGGCGGAAAGAACGGACGCGGUGUAUGUCGCUCUCUCGCGCCGCGCCGCGGCGCGCAGGACGGUCCUGUGAUCGCCCGCGACGCGUGCCGAUUAAUCCGGAUUACGCCUGAUUACGCCGACGUACAAAAGACGGAGGCAAAUCCCGCGUAAUUCCACGAUCAAUCGAAUACGCGCGUUUGUCGUCGUCGUCGUCGUCGUUGUCGUGUGCAGGAUUUUUGAGAAAUUGAUGCUAACUAGUCUGUCUCUCGUGCUACGUGAGUCGUUUUUCGUAGAAGACGAUCUGUCGCAAGCUUCUGUCAUUUGAAAUUCGAGAACGCGAUGAAUUUUCUGUGAGUUGGAAACGGCGGACUACGUACUUAAAAAGAAAGAAAGAAAAAGAAAAAUUAAACCAUCUUGUGCACGCGUGGAUCGGCAUACCGUGUCCGUUCGCUCCAGGAAGUCCCGAAUCUUUCCCUUAGCUCUUAAGCCGGAGACGGUCAACGAGUCACGUUCUCCUCUUGGUUCUUCUGCGCGUUCCUCGCGACGCGUGGAACUCCAUUUCGUCAUAUGUGCAUCUAGUCUUGUCCAGUAUGCCCUUGUAACUUGCGCGCGACGCGUAUUUAUGCGUGUGCCGCACGCAACACACACGCAUACACAUGUACACACAUACACACAAACACAACACGUGCAGAUCGGGGACACGCUCGUACAUACACAGUAACACGGUGGUCGUCGCGACCGCGUUGUUGAACCACAUGUCGCAAGCUGCACGGCGUCGGCAGGCAUCGCGACGUCGUCGGUCAUCUGCGAUAGGGUAACGCCGGCCGCAGUAUAGUCAGAAAAAAAUAGGCGUGAGAAGAUAAUAUUUGCUCGCAACUCUGUUGUAUACGUUUAGUAUUAUGUUGCAAUUUCAAAAUUUCUGACGCGAACAUUUUUCUUUCUGCGAAUAUAUUAUGACUUACAUAAAAUGUUUACUCUCUUUGUACACUUUAAAAAAAUUUAGUAAACUUACAUAAAUAAUGAAUGUAAAAAUUACACGAUUAAACGUGUAAAUAUACAAAAUCGUGUAAUUUUACAUAUUAUGUAAUGUUCCACAAAAAAUUACCCAUCAUAAUAGAGGUGUAAUUUUAUACAAAAUUUUUUUACAGUUUAGAGAGUAUGAAAAGCUUAGCGGCUAUUUCGUGAUACAUAAAUCUAGAAGGAUAGUAUAAAGAAUGAAAUAUACCAAAAUACAAACUUAGUCUUUGUAUUCUUAGAUCAGCUUGAUUGGCCCACUCAUAUAUUCCUCUUUUUACGGAAAAAUGCAAGGGAUUCUAAAAGUUUUCUUUUUUUUAAAUACAAGAAAAUAAAUAUUUUAUAAAACAAAUUUUUAUGGUGAUAGACUGUAUGAAGUUUUUAUUAGUACAGUUUAUUUAUUUUUUAAAUAUAGUAAAUGUUUGGUAAAUUAAGUUUUCGAUAGGCGCGGCAUAUGUACUGGGGUUACCCUAUAUCGGAUUCGCCAUACACCGGAACGACAGACGUCCGCGUUGCUAGAAUACAACCCCGUUCUCUUACGACACGACACGCACAUAUUCGCUACCGUUGUAUAUCCCGUCACACACGAGACUCAUAUACGAUACACAUUUUUUUGAUACGAAGAUCGCGUGGGCUUAACCCGAGGACGCUCGCCGCACGCAAGUUAUCGUUAUCGCGAUGAUAUCGGCAAUAAGUAAAGUUCCCCCCGUCUCUUCGCGAAGACGCGAGAAUUGUCCCGUAUAGCGAACGUCCUCGAUCUUUCCGUUCGAUUAUUCGUGAAGUUAUCGAUCUAGUAGACGUGUAGGCAGUCUUUUAGACGAGUUUUUUUAAUAAGAAAGAUUGUUAUAUGAACCGAGGAAAAGGAAUUGUUAACCUGACUAAAUUUUAAAACUUUUCCAGAUCAAGUAUUUAUAUAUUUAGCUUAAAAUACGCAAUAAAAAGUUUUUAAAUUUAACACAUUUUACAUAUUUCAAACGGUGCUUCACGUUUCCACCCAAAUUUUUGUGUUAAUUUAAUGAAUACGUUAGAAAGUAAUAUAAAUAUUAUGUAAAAGAUUAACACCAAAGAGAGACAUAAUUUUGACAUAGUUUGAAAAUAAAUUGGAGAAGCAUACUUCUUUAGUAAUAUUAACAUUUUUAAUAUGCUUUAUAAUUAACACGUAUGUUUUAUCCAUUUAUCUUAGUUGAGUUACUGACUUUUUGGCAACUCUUCCGAAUAAUUUUAUACACCACUAGACUCAACAAAUUCUCGCAACGCAACGGCGAAUUAAUCAUGAAAUUUUACACAGCUGAUCCAAUUUUUUAAUUAUCGUAUACAUACUUCCAUUAUAAAUCAUAAACUUGGCGCCUUAUCUAUUAUAUGAGUAUUGUAAUAAUACCGAUACAGAUGGAUGUAUACGCGAUAUCUUAUCAUUUUGUGUUAAUUUGUUAAUUUUAAGGUCACGUAAUUAAAAAAAUAUGUGUUUAUAACAGCUGAAGAGGACUCGGCAAAGUCGAAACGUUCCGUAAAUUUUAAUAUAAUUAUAUAAAGGAAAUAAUACUUUGCUCGAUUGGCUUUUAAUAACCUGUUUUUAUCAUUUAUCUCAGAUUUUCAUUUCAACACUAUAUUAUUUUUAAGGUAUUUGUCCAUUUACCCAAUUUG